GGCGGUCACGUGCCGGUGACGCGCGCGCGCGGAGGGGGGCGGGACGCUCGGUCACGUGGCGCUCGGUCACGUGGCCCCCGCGCUCGCGGAGCGGGGGGGGAGGUCACGUGACGCGGCGGCCGCCAUGCUGUCCCGGCUGCUGAAGGAGCACCAGGCCCGCCAGAGCGAGCGGCGCGAGCUGCAGGAGCGGCGGCGCCGGGAUGCGAUCGCGGCUGCCACCCGCCUCACCGAGGCCUUGGUCGAUCACCUGAACGUGGGGGUGGCCCAGGCCUACGUGAACCAGCGCAAGCUGGACCAGGAGGUGAAGACCCUGCAGGUGCAGGCGGCGCAGUUCGCCCGCCAGACCGGCCACUGGAUCGCCAUGGUGGAGAACUUCAACCAGGCCCUCAAGGAGAUUGGGGACGUGGAGAACUGGGCCCGCAGCAUCGAGCUGGACAUGAGGACCAUCGCCACCGCCCUCGAGUACGUCUACAAGGGGCAGCUGCAGCCUUCCUGCUCCUGAGAGACCCCCAGAGACCCCCAGAGACCCCCAGGGACCCCCAGAGACCCCCGGGACCCCCCCCCGGGACCCCCCAGCGCCGGCAAGUAACGGGGUGGGGGUCUCACCGCCGCGUCCUCAGCACUGGGAUCAGUGGAAUAAAAAAGGGGAGGGGGGCGCUGGGGGGUGUUUGUGUGGGGAGGGGGGGGUCAGGCCGGGUCAGUGGGACCCUGGCACAGCCCCCCACCCCAAAUCCCCCUGAGCCUCCUCAUCCUCUUGGGCGCUUAA